AUCUACCCUCGUAAUAAAUCGGGUGAUGUUUCUGACGCGUAGUGAGUACGAUCGCGGAGUUAACACUUUUUCUCCUGAAGGACGCCUUUUUCAAGUUGAAUAUGCGAUAGAAGCUGUCAAGCUUGGAUCAACCAGUAUCGGCAUUCGCACGGACGAAGGUGUUCUGCUUGCUGCGGAAAAGCGAUCAACUUCGAAACUAAUGGUUAAUGAUGCUAUAGAAAAAAUCAGUAAAGUUGAUGAACACGUUGGUGUGUCAAACCAAUUUGCGCUAUGGUUCGAUGUAGGGUUUCAGUCGGGUAAUGAGUUUUUGUACACAGAGAAACUGUUACAAUUCGUCAUUUUUAUUUCUUUUUCAUAUGCGACCUGCACAAGAUUACUGCUCGUUCCAGGCGUAACAUUCGCCGGACUCAUCGCUGAUUCUCGUACUUUGGUAGAACGUGCUCAGAUAGAGGCACAAAACUUCUGGUUCACUUAUAAUCGGAAGAUUCGCAUCGAGGAUGUAACUCAGUCCGUUGCCAAUCUUGCUCUUCAGUUUGGAGACGAUGAUGUGAAGGUUGAAUUUGAACUU